GGUGUGUGGGGACGUACAGGUGUGUGGGGACGUACAGGUGUGUGGGGACGUACAGGUGUGUGGGGACGUACAGGUGUGUGGGGACGUACAGGUGUGUGGGGACGUACAGGUGUGUGGGGACGUACAGGUGUGUGGGGACGUACAGGUGUGUGGGGACGUACAGGUGUUUGUGGGGACGUACAGGUGUGUGGGGACGUACAGGUGUGUGGGGACGUACAGGUGUGUGGGGACGUACAGGUGUGUGGGGACGUACAGGUGUGUGGGGACGUACAGGUGUGUGGGGACGUACAGGUGUGUGUGGGGACGUACAGGUGUGUGGGGACGUACAGGUGUGUGGGGACGUACAGGUGUGUGUGGGGACGUACAGGUGUGUGGGGACGUACAGGUGUGUGGGGACGUACAGGUGUGUGGGGACGUACAGGUGUGUGUGGGGACGUACAGAUACGCCGGUGGGGAGGUGUACGAGGGCUCCUUCCAGAGCGGCGUGCGCCACGGUCACGGUAUGCUCCGCACCGGCAAACUCAACACCUCCUCCCCCAGCGUCUUCAUCGGACAGUGGGUCAACGACAAGAAGACGGGCUACGGCGUGUUCGACGACAUCACCAAAGGGGAGAAGUACAUGGGCCUGUGGCAGGAGCAUCAGCGGCAGGGCACCGGGGUCGUGGUCACUCAGUUUGGACUCUACUACGAAGGGACCUUCAAGGACAACAAGAUGAUGGGCACAGGGAUACUGGUGUCAGAAGACGAUACGAGGUUCGAAGGAGAGUUCUCCGACGACUGGACCCUCAACGGAAAGGGCGUCCUGACCAUGACCAACGGAGACUUCCUGGAGGCUUCGUUCCACGGAGAGUGGGGCUCCGGGAUCAGAGUGAGCGGCUCUUACUUCAAACCCCAGGUCUCUCACACGGACCGGGAGAAGAGCGCCCCCAUGAAGCUGGGCCGUCUGUGCGUGCGGGCGGAGGACAAGUGGACGGCUGUGUUCGCCGAGUGCUGGGCCGAGCUGGGCUGUUCCGGGCCGGGCCAGGGGGACACCACCAAGGCCUGGGACCGCAUCACUGAGGCCCUGAGCGGCGGACAGCAGCGAGUGAAGAACCCGCAGACCCUGUCCCGGAGCCACAGCAGGACCCUGGAGAGUCUGGAGCUCCUGCCCCAGCACCAGGGGCCCCUCACCCUGGAGCGGUACCAGGCCAUGCACCACUAUCUACUGAACGCCUGCGAGACCCCCCUGCACCCCCUGGGCCGCCUGCUGGAGGCGCUGGUGGCCGUCUACAGGAUGACCUACGUAGGAGUGGGGGCCAACCGCAGACUGCUGCGCCAGGCCGUGGCCGAGAUCCAGACCUACCUCAGCCGCAUCUUCACCAUCGUCAGGUUUCUCUUCCCUGAGUUACCAGAGGAGGGCGGUCAGAUCCCGGAGCCCAGCAGCCCCCCCACAGAGGGGGAGGGGUCAGCAGAGGGACCUCCGGACUCUCCCAAACCCCUGCGUGUGGUCAGCUCCUGUGGCCUCCUGCUGCCCGUCCUCCUCCCUCGCCUCUACCCUCCGCUCUUCACGCUCUACGCUCUGGACAAAGAGAAGGAGGACGACGUUUACUGGGAGUGUGUGCUGCGCCUCAACAAACAGAACGACCCGGCUCUGCUCGCCUUCCUGGGAGUGCAGCAAAAGUUCUGGCCUGAAGUUAAACCAGAUCCAAGCGCGUCUCCUGGAACUCAGAGGACACAGGUUCUGUCCAGCUCCAAAGACCAAUGCUUUGCCUCCGCAGUGGAGACUCUGCAGCAGAUCAGCACCACCUUCACUCCUUCAGACAAACUGCAGUUGAUCCAGUUGACGUUUGAGGAGAUCACGCAGGAGGUGCAGUCUCUGCUGCAGCAGGACUUCCUCUGGUCCAUGGACGAGCUGUUCCCCGUCUUUCUCUACGUGGUCCUGCGCGCUCGGUCAGUAACCUCCUCUGUAACCUCCUCUGUAACCUCCUCUGUAACCUCCUCUGUAACCUCCUCUGUAACCUCCUCUGUAACCUCCUCUGUAACCUCCUCUGUAACCUCCUCUGUAACCUCCUCUGUAACCUCCUCUGUAACAUCCUCUGUAACCUCCUCUGUAGCCUCCUCUGUCACCUCCUGUCUGUACCCUCCUCUGUAA